AUGGCAGCCUCAGAUGAGACAAUGGCCUUGGAUGGUGCUGCUCAGUCUGGCAGUGGCUUUAAGCUGCGCUCAUACCAAACGGAGAUGGUUGACCGGAGCCUCAAGGAAAAUAUUAUUGUGGCAAUGGACACAGGAUCAGGCAAGACUCAUAUCGCUAUAGCCCGAAUACGUGCAGAAGUCGAAAGACUGAGGGACAACAGACUCGUGUGGUUUCUCGCUCCAUCACGAACACUGGCAGAGCAGCAAUACCGCGCCCUGGAUCUGGAGCUCUCUGCUUACGGUGUGCGUCUCCUGACUGGUGCCGACGGUGUUGAGAAGUGGACAGACCAGCGCCUCUGGGAUGCAGUUUUGACCAACAUCAAAGUCGUCAUCGCAACACCCGCCGUCCUCAAAGAUGCCCUCGCGCAUGGCUUCGUCACAAUCUCCAGGCUCGCUCUGUGUGUCUUCGAUGAAGCGCACAGGUGUACGAAGAAAGCUCCCAUGAACCAGAUCAUGCAACUAUUCUAUCGGCCAGCGAGGGAACGUGGAGAGCCUGUCCCACACAUACUGGGCCUAAGCGCCAGUCCAGUGACCAGUGUGAAGCAGGGCGGUCUUGAGACUAUUGAAUCAAACCUGCAUUCAUUAGCUGUUACUCCUAAAACCCAUCGGACUGAGCUCGAGAAACACGUCAAUCUGCCUGAGCUCCUAACUAUUAGAUUCAGCGAAAGUCAUACGGCAUCAAACCGACUAUGCGAUGCGCUCGCUGUGGCCGCACGUUCAUAUGACCUUGCGCGCGAUCCUUACUUCGUCGCACUGACAGGGCAGCAUGACGAUAGAUCGAGAAAGAUUUUACAGCAAGUUCAGCUUAAGCAAGAAACCUACUGUCUGCAGCAACUGCGAGCCUUGGAUACCAGAGCUGCCAGACUUCACAAACAACUUGGACCGAGCAUGGCACAAUGGUACAUCUCUACCUGCAUUCGGAGAUUCCGACAGGGUAUGAGUUCAGAGAACUUUCUCAUGCCGGAUCUCAGCGAAGCUGAAAGGAAACACUUGCUGGAAAUUUUCGAGGAUGUUGAGCAACAUGCCGGUCCUGCAGUUGCGCUCGGAACUGUGGACGAUACCCUGGUUAUCUCCGAAAAGGCUCGCUUACUGCUCCAAAUUCUUCUGCAGCAUGCUGAGCCAGGCGUCCACUGCCUCAUCUUCGUAGAGCAGCGUGUUCAGGUGACCGCACUUGCUGAGCUCCUCAGGCGUGUGCCUGCACUGGAAGACUCGUACAAGAUAGCCGGUUUCGUCGGCACUUCCACGAAUACUAAUCGUAAGAUAUCGGUCGCGGACCUGGUUGCCCUCUCAGACCAGUCGAAGGAUCUUCAAGCGUUUCGUGAUGGACAUAAGAAUGUCAUGGUGGCUACUAACGUGCUCGAAGAAGGCAUCGAUAUAUCCGCAUGUAAUCUGGUCAUCUGCUUCGAUGCACCAAAGAACUUGGUUUCUUUCGUACAGCGUCGGGGUCGUGCAAGACGGACUGACUCCAAAUACUUCUUAUUCGUCUCAGAGAACGAAUCUGCAAAAGGGAACAAACCCUGGUCGGCUCUUGAAGCUGAAAUGAAAGCUAUGUACAUGGAUGACUCACGCCAGCUGCAGCUGAGACCAUCUGAGAAGCCGCCGAGAGUAUAUGGAGUAGCAUCAACUGGUGCAAUGAUGACUAUGGACGAUGCCAUGUCUCAUCUCUACCACUUUUGUAGCGUCAGCACAAAACACGCAAACAACUACAUAGACUUGAGGCCGGAAUUUGAGACCAGUCUCAACGAAAUAACUACUCGGUGGUCAGCCAGUGUCGACCUUCCGAUGACUGUUCAUCCUAGUGUGCGGCAUGCAAACUCAGCGAAGCCAUGGGAGACUGAAGAGGAGGCCAUCAAAGAUGCGGCUCUGGAAGCAUACAUAGCGCUUCACCGCGCCGGCCUGGUCAACGACAAUCUUCUGCCUCUGAUCAAGGACUACGGCCCCCAGAUCGGCGUGGAACAUGUUGACCAGCCAUCAAUUGUGGAGGUGGCUGAUCGGAUAUCACCGCUGAGCGAGAUCAACUCUCAUGGAGACGAAGAAAAGACCUGGUCAUCGACUACAAUACAGCUUCUGCUGGGCUCAGAGGUGGUGGUAGAGAUUUCGAUGUGGUUGCCGGCCAUCAUUCCCAUCAUCGAAUCAUUCCACCUCUACUGGAACAGCCACAUUACCUAUCAAGCCAAAGUAUCCACGUACCAAGACCAGCAUCUUUCGCAAUCUGCUGAAGCUUUACUCCAUCAAUGUACCUCCAAUCUGCUCAGGGCUGCGCACGCUCAACGAAUGAAAACCGGCCGCGAUGGCUUCGCAGUACUCUUCGGUGCUGCUGAUCUCGAAGAUGCCAGUCGUUCAAUAGCACGAAAUGGUCAAGCAAAGCGCGCAGCCGAUUUCCUUGGAAUCAAUGGUAGCCUUGAUAACGCUGGCCUAGCUCGCAUUGUAAGUCAGCAAGGGCGGUCAUAUUUCAUUGAAGAUAUCAGUCAAGACUCCUCGGAACUCACUUUAAGCACGUUUCCGAGACGUAAGGACUUCCUGCAUCCCAUUCCCGAGGAAAAUGCUCCAAGCAGCGCACAUACUGGCAAACAAACCAUUAAAAUCGAUGAGUGCACGAUCGACGUUCUGCCUGCCAAAUAUGCAUUAUUCUCUGCUUUUGUGCCAUCCAUUCUAUAUAGAUUGGAGACAAGUCUGCUAGUUCGGGACCUUAUGGAGACCGCUCUCAAAGACAUUGCAUUGACGGACCACGCCCUCAUUAAGGAAGCAAUCAGCUCACCCGCGGCGGGUGAGCCGACUGACUACAAUCGUCUCGAGUAUUUAGGAGACUGCGUGUUAAAGCACUACACAGAGCUGCAAGUCAUGUCACAACACACUGACUGGCCAGAGGCAUACCUCACUCUUGAGCGCGACCGCAUAGUUCGGAACAGCAACUUAGCAAAAGCGGCACUUGAAAGGGAACUUGACAAGUACAUUCUGACCGAGCCAUUCACUGGGAGGAAGUGGCGGCCACCCUACGCCACUGAACAUGUGAAAGACCAGGCAGCGAAACGGCAGAUGUCGACUAAGACUUUGGCAGAUGUAGUGGAAGCACUCAUCGGCGCUGCGUAUCUGGAAGGUGACACAGAGAAAGCAUUUCAAUGUAUCCGAGUAUUGCUACCACAGGAGAAAUGGUCCAAUGACUGUUUUGAGACACUGAUUGCAGAGCUCACUGCAUGCCCAGUCGCCAACGUUUUGCUGCUCGAAACACUGAUCGGUCACACAUUCUCACAUCCUACACUUCUCGUAGAAGCGACGACUCACGGAUCCUGUCCAGCCAACAAGACAGGCAUGUCGUACGAGCGCCUGGAGUUUCUAGGCGACAGUGUGCUAGACAUGAUCAUCACGCCAAAGCUCUUUUCACAUCCCAGGAAGCUCAAACACUGGCAGCUACAUAGCGUGCACGCCGCUCUGGUCAACAGUCACCUCCUAGGGUACUGCUGUUUACGAUAUUAUAUCAAUCAAGAGAUGUUUGACAUUGUGCAGACUACCUCUGGAAAUUAUGACAGUGUGUCUGCGCGGCGGAAGACACACUUAUACGAGUUCAUGCGUGCUGGAGCACAGGUGAACAAUAUCACGUGUCAGGCGGUUGAGCAUUUCCACGAGUGCUCUUCGCAGAUUGAGAAGGCACUCGCACAUGGCAUCGAAUAUCCUUGGGUCGAGCUGGUUACACUAUCACCUCCCAAAUUCUUCUGUGACCUGGUCGAGUCUAUCCUGGGAGCCAUCUUCAUUGACACGCAUGGCAAUCUGGCAGCUUGCGAAGUCUUUGUCGAGAAGCUUGGUAUCUUGAACUUCAUGCACAGGAUUCUGGAUGAAGAUGUAAACUGCGUGUCGCCCAAGGAGAUGCUUGGCAUUGUAGCAGAUCAAGCCGAAGUCAAGUAUAUCAAUAGCCCAGUCGAAGAUGACGAGGGCCGGAAGAGGUGGCAGUGCGUUGUCAAAGUCGACGACGAGCGGGUUGUGACACUCGAGGGGUGUCGCAGUAAGGAUGAAGCUGAAGUCAAGGCGGCAUAUGAGGCGUGCGGGAUUCUGAAGGGUCGAGGACCCGCUAGGCGUGGUCGGAAGAAGAGGAAGAUGUUGGCUGCCGAUGUGGGUGAUCACGAGUAUGCGGAGAAUGCCACAGCAGGCGAUGAUGAUGUGACUGCCUAAGGCACAUGUCGUUCUCAGGAUCCAGGGAGGAAUAGAGUAAGGUAUUGUAGGAGGUAUUGUACCUGGUAGUCGGUACAUACAUGUAUGGAGUGCAUGUAAUGGAGCGAGGAUAUGACCGGAGUCGGCCUUCUCCCCGACUCGAUGCCCUUGGCGCCUGCACCGUCGGUUUUGUUCGAAGUAUAUACACUGAAG